GGGCGGGGCGGGGCGGGGAGGGAGCGGCCAGCGGGCGGCGGGCACGGGCGGCACGAGCAGGUGGGAGCCGCGGAGGGGCGAGGCCGCCCGCGAGGGCGCCAGGCGGCGGGCACUGCGCCGCUCUCCUGUCCGCGGUGCGCGCUCGCGGUGCGCACCCGGCGUCCGCGGCUCUCGCGCGCCCCGCCUGCCCGGGCCCUACCUGCGGCGGCCGUCGGGGGCGCGGAGCCCCCAGCGCUGCCGAACCGCAUGAACAAUAGGCGGCGGCGGCUCCUGCGGGCGGCCGCCCCGCACCCUAUGGACCGGCCGCUCCAUGGAGUCCUCCAGAUCGCUUCUCGGCUGCCUGGCGAGCGCCGCUGCCGCCCCGCCGGGGGAGGAUGCCACGGGCACAGGGGCCGAGGAGGAGGAGGACGAGGAGGAGGCGGUGGCCGCCGAGCUGGGCUCCCACGCCGCGCGCCCUACUGGACGGCUGUAUUCGAGUACGAGGCGGCGGGCGAGGACGAGCUGACCCUGCGGCUAGGCGAUGUGGUCGAGGUGCUGUCCAAGGACUCGCAGGUGUCCGGCGACGAGGGCUGGUGGACCGGACAGCUGAACCAGCGGGUGGGCAUCUUCCCCAGCAACUACGUGACCCCGCGCAGCGCCUUCUCCAGCCGCUGCCAGCCGGGCGCCGAGGACCCCAGCUGCUACCCGCCCAUUCAGCUGUUAGAGAUUGAUUUUGCGGAGCUAACCCUGGAGGAAAUCAUCGGCAUUGGGGGCUUUGGGAAAGUUUAUCGCGCUUUCUGGGUAGGCGAUGAGGUCGCUGUGAAAGCAGCUCGUCAUGACCCUGAUGAGGACAUCAGCCAGACCAUAGAGAAUGUUCGCCAAGAGGCCAAGCUCUUUGCCAUGCUGAAGCACCCGAACAUCAUUGCCCUCAGAGGGGUGUGCCUGAAGGAACCCAACCUCUGCUUGGUCAUGGAGUUUGCCCGUGGAGGGCCUUUGAACAGAGUGUUAUCUGGGAAGAGGAUUCCCCCAGACAUCCUGGUGAACUGGGCUGUGCAGAUUGCCAGAGGGAUGAACUACCUACAUGAUGAGGCCAUCGUCCCCAUCAUCCACCGUGACCUUAAGUCCAGCAACAUAUUGAUCCUGCAGAAAGUGGAGAAUGGAGACCUGAGUAACAAGAUUCUGAAGAUCACUGCCUUUGGGCUGGCUCGGGAAUGGCACCGGACCACCAAGAUGAGUGCGGCGGGGACAUACGCUUGGAUGGCACCGGAAGUCAUCCGUGCGUCCAUGUUUUCCAAAGGCAGUGAUGUGUGGAGCUAUGGAGUGCUGCUCUGGGAGCUGCUGACUGGUGAGGUCCCCUUCCGAGGCAUUGAUGGCUUAGCAGUGGCUUACGGAGUGGCCAUGAACAAGCUUGCCCUUCCUAUCCCUUCUACAUGUCCAGAGCCUUUUGCCAAACUCAUGGAAGACUGCUGGAACCCCGACCCCCACUCACGGCCAUCUUUCACAAGUAUCCUGGACCAGCUCACGACCAUAGAAGAGUCUGGUUUCUUUGAGAUGCCCAAGGACUCCUUCCACUGUCUUCAGGACGACUGGAAACAUGAGAUUCAGGAAAUGUUCGACCAACUCAGGGCCAAAGAAAAGGAGCUCCGCACCUGGGAAGAGGAGCUGACCCGGGCUGCGCUCCAGCAGAAGAACCAGGAGGAGCUGCUGCGGCGCAGGGAACAGGAACUGGCUGAGCGGGAGAUUGACAUCCUCGAACGAGAGCUCAACAUCAUCAUCCACCAGCUGUGCCAGGAAAAGCCCAGGGUGAAGAAACGCAAGGGCAAGUUCAGGAAGAGCCGACUGAAGCUCAAGGAUGGCAACCGCAUCAGCCUCCCCUCCGAUUUCCAGCACAAGUUCACGGUGCAGGCCUCCCCGACCAUGGAUAGAAGGAAGAGUCUCAUCAGCAGCCGAUCGAGCCCUCCGGCAAGCUCUACCAACAUCCCUCGUCUUCGGGCCAUCCAGCUGACACCAGGUGAAUGCAGUAAAACCUGGGGCCGGAGCUCAGUGGUCCCUAAAGAGGAAGGGGAGGAGGAGGAGAAGAGGCUCCCAAAGAAGAAGGGCCGGACGUGGGGACCAGGAACACUUGGGCAGAAAGAGCUCACCUCAGGAGAUGAAGGAUCCCCCCAGAGACGGGAAAAAACUAAUGGCUUAAGUACCCCGUCAGAGUCUCCACAUUUCCACUUGGGCCUCAAGUCCCUGGUCGAUGGAUACAAACAGUGGUCAUCCAGCGCCCCCAACCUGGGGAAGGGGCCAAGGAGUAGCCCCGCCCUGCCUGGGUUCACCAGCCUUACGGAGAUAGAGGAUGAAGACGGUGAAGGCCCAGGAAGUGGAGAGAGUCAUCUACAGCAUUCGCCCAACCAGUCCUACCUCUGUAUCCCAUUUCCUCGUGGAGAGGAUGGGGAUGGCCCCUCGAGUGAUGGAGUUCAUGAGGAGCCCACCCCAGUCAACUCAGCCACCAGUACCCCUCAGCUGACGCCAACCAACAGCCUCAAGCGCACUGGGACCCACCACCGGCGCUGUGAGGUGGCUCUGCUGGGCUGUGGAGCUGUUCUGGCAGCCACAGGCCUAGGGUUUGACUUGCUGGAAGCUGGCAAGUGCCAAUUGCUUCCACCAGAGGAGCCUGAGCCACCAGCCCGGGAAGAGAAGAAGAGACGUGAGGGUCUCUUCCAAAGGGCCAGCCGUCCUCGUCGGAGUACCAGCCCCCCCUCCCGAAAGCUCUUCAAGAAGGAAGAGCCAGUGAUGUUGCUAGGAGACCACUCUGCCUCCUUGACACUGCUCUCUCUCUCCUCCAUCUCCGAAUGCAACUCUACCCGCUCCCUGCUGCGCUCUGACAGUGAUGAGAUCGUAGUGUAUGAAAUGCCAGUCAGCCCAGUUGAAGCUCCACCUCUCACCUCGUGCGCCCACAACCCUCUUGUUAAUGUCCGAGUGGAGCGCUUCAAGCGAGACCCCAAACAGUCCCUGACUCCCACCCAUGUCACCCUCACAGCCCCCACGCAGCCGAGUGGUCACAGACGGACUCCUUCUGAUGGGGCACUUAAACCAGCAGGAGCCAGCCCGAGUCCCUCCAGCAAUGGAAUGAGUCCCGGUCCUGGGACAGGAAUGUUGAAGACUCCCAGUCCCAGCCGAGACCCAGGUGAAUUCCCCCGUCUCCCUGACCCCAAUGUGGUCUUUCCCCCAACUCCAAGGCGCUGGAACACACAGAGGGACUCCACCUUAGAGAGACCCAAGACCCUGGAGUUUCUGCCUCGGCCACGUCCUUCUGCCAAUCGGCAGCGGCUGGACCCAUGGUGGUUUGUGUCGCCCAGCCAUGCCCGCAGCGCCUCCCCAGCCAACAGCUCCAGCACAGAGACUCCCAGCAACCUGGACUCCUGCUUUGCCAGCAGCAGCAGCACUGUAGAAGAGCGGCCUGGACUCCCAGCCCUGCUCCCUUUACAGGCAGGGUCACUGCCCCCCGCUGAGCGGACGCUUCUGGACCUGGAUGCAGAGGGGCAGAGCCAGGAUAGCACUGUGCCCCUGUGCAGAGCUGAACUGAAUACACAUGGGCCUUCCCCUUACGAGAUCCAGCAGGGGUUCUGGUCUUAGUGUCAAAAGGGUCAGGGUGGGCAAGGGGGAAGCCGGAGGAGAUGGAGGGAGCUGGCUGGCACAGCCCUGUCUCAGUUAGGCCCCCUGGGAUCCAGACCUCCUCCUUGCACUCAGAAUGCACUUUGAAGAUGGAAGGGAUGGAUGCAGGGCCAGCCACUUCAGGGGGUCUCCUGCCCUGCAGGAUCUUUUUUCCACGUUCGCUGGAGGGGUUGUGUCAGCUCUGGCUGUGGAGGAGAGGGAAGGCAUGUCCCCACCCUCCUCCCUUGGUCUUCCUCACCUUCAGGGUGACAGUGCAGAGCCAAAUCUAUCCCCUGCCUCUUCUCCUCAGCCGGAGCUGUCCUGGAGUCCCUUUGUCUUCUGCCCUGAAUUCUGCUGGCCACAGCACUGAUGUCCUGUGAUUGGUUUAGCUUGUCUUCCCGUGACUCAGUGUCUCCUUUAGUAUGCGAUGAGUGUCUUGUGUCCGAAGUCCUUUUGUGCUAGCUGAUGGGGAUAGGUUGGCCUUAUGAGGGCCAAGGGGCUUGACAGACCUGGUACUGCCUACCUGUGCAGAUCUCAGUGAGAAUUGAGAGUGCAUUGAGGGGAUUGAGGAGGCAGUCAGAGGAAGCAGUCAGGUUGGGUAGAAAGGGCCCUAGAGUUACUCCUUGGUUUGGGUUUGGGUUUGAGAAGCAGAGGCAGAAAUCAACACCUGCUGAGUGGCUCCAUCUACCCCCUUGGGUUCAGGCCAUGGCUACACCAGGUUUGAAUAUGAGCAUAUUCAUCUCAGGAAUAGCUGUUUGGGAGACGCACUCAGUGAUGCCAGGUCUCAGGUCAGACACAGCGCCUACAUGGACCUGUCUUGUUGGGACUCUGUUGUUCUUUCCUCUAGUUCCUGAAAUCAGUGGCCUGUAGGUCCUGUGUAAUUCACAGACAUAUCUGAAGUAUGUCAGGAUAACAUAUGGGGUGGGUCCUGGACCUUGGGAUGUGAAACAGUGGGGAUUUCUUCAUCGGACUUGUGCACCUUGUGAUGCCCUUGAAGUAAACGGAACCCUUAGUAGUAACUCUGGGUGUAUGGAGGCAGUAGCGUGAUACAGUUCUUCAAGUGCUCUCUGGUCCAUUGAGGGGAGCUGACCAAGGCCACUUCUGUCUCUGCACAGACAGCCCUUGUGUGGGCCCUGCACUGUGAGUGGACAGCAAGGCCAGCCAGGGAGGCUAGUGUUGACUUGUGUAGUAUGUGUUUCCUGAACUUGAAUACUGAGCUUCAUCUAAAGCUUUCUCAUGUAUUUUCUUCUCUGUCCAUCUCCUCUGAGCUUGGGUGGGGUCACCGUCCCCGGUGGGGUCCGAGUCAGACUGCAGACUCCCCGGACUGGCUGCUGGCUGCCCAUGGGUUAGAGUAGCACACGUGGUACAGGUGACAGAUUUCAUCACUGCUGGGUCUCUGUAACCGAUAGACACCCUGGCCUGGGAGGCACGUAAGGGAUGAUGUGGGUGUCCACAGUUCUUUGUGAGCCCAUUUGCCUUCGGCUUGACCCGGCAGCCCCCUAGACUCGACAGGGAAGCGGUGCUGGCGGUGUCAUCCAGGGUGGGCUGUGGCUGUAGUGUCUCAUCUUCCCUCUUGGUCCUGUGAAAUGAGAGUGUAAGAGAUUAGUCCACACACUCACACACCACUCCGACUCCUCAGAUAGGAGAGGAGAGCUUGUGAGCCCUCUCAGAAGCCCCAACCAACCCAAUGAUGAUGCUUUGUUAGUGAGGACUAGGUAGUCUGUUGUGUGCCCCUCCCUGGGUCUUUAAAAAACCCUGUUCCUGAGCCACAAGUAUAUCUGCACACCUUGGCUGCACUAAGGCUCUAAGGUGGGCUGCAGCUGGCUCCAGCCCGUGCUCCAGCCCCACGCAGGGUUUUUUCCCUGUCCAUGUUUGGUUGUGGACGUCUUUCUGGGAAAGAUGGAGUGUUACAGAUGGAAUUAUACACUGUGUGAUAACUACCUGCCAUUGAGGGACAGGUGGAAUCUUUUCUUGUCCACCUGAUGUUCAGACAGAGGAAGGCUUUGCUAAAGACACGGUUGUCCCUGAGAGAAGAGAAAGCAGGCCUGUGAGCAUGUGUUCAGAUGGAGGGGUUGCCUUUUCAGUUCCUCCAAACCUGUGCAGUGCUGGACCGCGGGCUGCCACACUUUUCGUGCCAGCUUGGAGAUGGGAUGAAUGUGAAGGAAGUCGGUUUGUGUGACGUGGUGUCACUCCCCGUCUCUGUGGUCACGGUUAGGAACAGGCGCUGUGAAUAAGCCCACUUGAGUGACAGUAGCCAGCUUCUCCCUUUCUUUUCCUACCUUCCCUCAAAGACUUGCCUUCUGCUUAGAGCAGGUGUUCGUUAUCCGGGGGCUGCCAACAGGAUCUCAGCGCUCUCCUCGGGUCUUCAGUUCCCAGUGCUUACCCUUGGGGAAUCCAUACAGUCGAAACUGAGUAGGUGCCUCCAUUAUCCUUUCUAGGAAGCUGUGGUGGACACUCUUAACAUCACGACAUUCUUUGACAUCCCUGUGAUCUGGUAGGAAUCAUAGUAGCAAUAGCAUGCAUUCGGACAACUCAGAAUAGGGUAGCUUUUCCUUCCGACCGUUACAAAAUGACAUCAUUGUCCUUCCCAUUCGAUACAUGUGACUCAAAAACAGCAAGACAGACAGACGGGCGCUGUUUGGAUGAUUGAGUCUGGCCACCAGGCUCUGAGACAGCACAAGUUGGCCCCACUCAUCUGUUCUGUUUCCCUUGCGUGACUUGGGUCCCAUGUCUUGACCCCUCUCGGGUUUCCUGGUAAAAAGGAAGUAUACAUUCCUCGCCUAUACUCCCCUUGUGAGGGCAGAGGAACCUUGUGGCUCCCUGCCAACUCGAGGGGUAGCUUCUUCCCCUGCAGGAUGAAUGUGCUGGAGCCGACAGGGUGGUUCUCACCACCUUUACCUUGGGGCAUCUUCCCUUGCUUUCAUCCUUUAGCCUCUGGAGGAGGAGUGAUUUGGGGUUGGCUUGACACAGCUAGUGGACCAGGCAUAUGCUCUCCUACCGUGUUCUGUAGCCCAGGUGACACCAGCGUCAUUUGUUUUUGACUCCCCUCCCCCACUUACCUGGCCAGCUGGGCGUCCUUACCAUCUGUGUCUUACUGAGGAAGUGGGAACUGGGGACAGCGCCUGAGGGACAGCUGUCCCUCCCCUUUUAGGGUCUUCCCCAGGGUCACAUUUGAUAAGAGUUUGAAAUCGGGCCACUUCUGGAAGAACCUUUGGUAAAGGGGCCCCUAGAUCAUGGGGCAUCAUGUGCCAAAGUCUGACGCUCCUCACUGAGCCCCUUUACCCUCAGGCUAUUGCUCAGGGACACAAGGCAUUGCCGGCUGUCUAAACCUGACCCUUACUCCAUGCUUUUGCCUCCCCCAACCCCAUGUCGUCAUCGACGUUUCCUGCCCCAUGAGAGGGACCAUUCUUAGCUCAUGAAGUUCUUUUCCUUUGCCCUUCCUCUUGUUUCCUCCGCCACCCACACCCACCCACUCCCCAAGGCUGCACCUGCCGUAUGCUAGGCAGAGACCUACCGAUAUCAAACUUGCUUUUAACAGAGUAAAGGACAGUGGGCCCUGAAGCCUGGGUGGCUGUGAGUGGACACCUCAGGGCCUAAGUGUCCAUCUGUCCAGUGGUGCCCCACCAUGGAUGCAGAACCUUGGCCUUUCGAUUGGGUAUGCAUUUGGUCAUGUGCCUUUGGAUUGAUGUGUGAAGAACGGCACAGUCCAACAGUUCAGAAGCACACAUCUCGUUGCCUCUAGAAGGCCUGGGAGGAGAGACAGGUCCUACUUGCUGGUGAAGUACUGGACUUUCUCUAAGGAAAGACUAUCCAGAAUAGAUUCAGGGGCAGAAGAAAGAGUGGCCCUCAGGGAGCCGUGGGUGGCAAAACCUGGUGACUUUAAGCGGUCCAUUUUCAAGUUGUAAAUUUGCCAGUAUCUGGCCCCCCAGGAGCCCUUCUGUGAGCUUGGGGUGAUGCUCACUCUCCUAUUUAAAACCCUUCUAACUGUAAAACCUACCAUUUUAGCUAGGUUCAGCGAUGCAUUCUUGGAAACCCAGACUGGGGCAGGACAGUUGCUUCAGUUUCAGAUGUGAUGUCAAUCUGGGGCAGAGACACUGUCUCUCCAGUGUGUGGUGCCAGAGCCCCAAGUCCAGCGCAGAUAGCUCCACCAUGCAAGAUUGCUUCCCUUGGUGGAGAAAAGUAUGAAUGUAUGUAUGAUUGGAGGUCAAAGGCCAGUACUGGCCAUUUCAUAUGACUCGAUCAUGUGUCACUUGUCACUGUCCUUGGCUUGACCUGAGAACCACUUCUUGUCAAGAUACAGUUGUUGUUGGGAACACAUUUCCAGAUGGCAAAACAUUAUUUUCCUAGUUCACAAAUUAUAAUAAAGUCCGCACAUAAAAGGAGAAAAGCCUUUCUCCUUAGACUCUUCCUGGCAUUGCUGCUCGGAGGCUGGCCAUUUCUGGUACUGAGUUGAAGGGUGGGAAGCAGCAGCAGGAAUCUUGUUUGAUUUAGGCUAAUUAAUAUGGGCCUAACUAGUAUAACCCAGACCUGGGUUCCUGGUUGGCUCUGCAGACCAGGUGAGUUUCUUUGAUUUUUUUUCAUGACCUGUUUCUAGGUAUUCCCAUUCACUGCCCCUUCUGUCCGUUUCUGGUUGUGGACCCUGGAGGCAUCCCGACUUCCCUGAGCUGCUGGGGAAACCUUAGACUUCCUUUUCAGGAUACUGGGUUCUCUUGAGCUCUGCCCUGGGACUGACUGCUCCUUCUUGGUUUCUUACGCUUUGGUCCCUGCAUCCCCUUGAGUCUUGUGUUGGACAGAGAAGAUCCUGGUGAUUGAGGGAAGUUGUCUGAGCGGGUGCUCCAUGCUGCUCUGGUUCCCUUGCCCCUGACUUCCCUUCUGAUUGUCAUGCCCUUUGAUUGUCAGGUGUGAACAUGACAGCUAGAUGGUGUCUCUGAGUGGGAAAUUCAAAUACAAAUCUAGUGUUCAAAGACCAGCCUUUCUUACUAGGACAGGAUGGGCGGAAGCUCAGAGGUCAGAACGGCUGUAAGGGAAGCCCUGACACGUGAAGAACCCACAGAAGUGAUAUGGUGUGCUUUGCAGUCACUCAAGACCGUCUUCCGAAAGCCCCGUUGUUCUCUUUCCUGAAAUCCUUCCCACCUUGCUACCUGCACAGGAGGCCUUAAGGCUAAGCACUGAUCGUGUCAUGGAUGGCUUUACUAAUUUUGGCAUUUUAGAAGGUGACAUUGAAGUAUGGUUUAGCCUUUGACUGCUGAUGUUUUACAUUUUAUUGUAUUAUUUUUUUAACAUCCCUUUGAAAUUUGAAUCCGACACAAGUGCCUCACUCACCUCAGCCUGGUAUAGGCCCUGCCUGCCUGUCUCCUGGAUCUCCAGAUAGGGCUGUGACAUUUAACAGAGGCUUGUUUGAUGUCUUAUUCUCAUUUCCACCCCACACAGCACAUUCUAAGUGCCGCUUGUCACCUCCGGGAGCUCUUGCAUUCAAAUACAGUGGUGAAGCACCCAGUUCUGAACGUUGGCCCCUGUAGCUGGGGUGACUUUUCUUUCCUUCACGUUCCUUCAUGUUCUCGGGCUGCCUUUCAAGCUCUUGGAAGCCACUUUCCAGGGAUUUGUGAUUUGUGUAGAGAGAAGCCUGUACUUUUUUUGUUUGUUUGUUUUUGGUUUUUGGUUUUUCAAGACAG